AUGGAGAUAAUUGGUGUUCAUGGUCUGGUUGUUUGCAAUAAUUUAACUGGCCAAGUCCUUGAGCUCCACCUUAGAAGUCUUUCUUUCUUGGAAUAUGUUGCCUCCAAUCCCACCACUCCCCAUGCAGCUUACAUAUUCAGCGGUAAGAUUAAUCCUUAUUUGAUCAAUUUGAAACGUGUGAGGUACUUGGAUUUGAGUAACAAUGAUUUUGGAGGAAUUCCCAUUCCCCAAUUCCUUGGCUUUAUGAGAAGUCUAAGAUAUCUUAACCUCUAUGGAGCUGGAUUUUCAGGAAUGUUGGAUUUUUCAUCUCAAACUCCUCUUAAACUAGCAAAUAAUAAAUUUCAAGGACCAAUUCCCAGUGGUCUUCAGAACGUGACUUCAUCAGUUAGGGAACUCGAUCUGUCUUCUAAUGAAAUUAAUUCUUCGAUACCCCAUUGGUUUUAUAGUUUUAGCCGUCUUGAUUUCCUCGACCUUGGCGGUAAUUUCUUGAAAGGCGAAAUCUCAAAUGCUAUUGAUAACAUGACUUCUUUGAUGCAUCUUGACUUGUCAACUUAUAAUCAACUCGAACUUGUGGGAGGGAUUCCAGGAACCUUCAGGAAUUUUUGCAAUUUAAGGUCAUUUUUUCUGUCAUAUGUUAAAUUGAAUCAAAGCAUAUCUGAGAUCUUCGAAAUUUUGUCAGGAUGUGCUUUACCUGAGCUAGAUUCAUUGGUCUUGGAUAAUUGUCAAUUGUUUGGUCAUUUGACCGACCAUCUUGGGCAAUUCAAGAAUCUGCUCCCUCUUUCUCUAUCAGACAAUAUGAUUUCUGGUCCAAUUCCUUUCUCUCUAGGAGAGUUGCAUUCCUUAAGAGCUAUUGAUGUAUCCCAUAACAAGCUGAAUGGAACUCUUCCCAUCUCAUUUGGAGGGCUUAGAAGCUUAGUGUCUGCAUAUUUUUCUUACAAUUCAAUGGAGGGUGAUGUUUCUGAAACCCACUUCGCAAAUCUCACAAACUUGGAUAUGUUUUUUGCUUCUGGGAACAAACUAACAUUGAGAGUUAGUCCUGGUUGGGUUCCUUCUUUUCAACUUGUUGAAGAAAUAGGAUUAGGAUCCUGGCAAAUUGGACCUCAAUUCCCCAUGUGGCUUCACUCUCUGAGAGUUACAGCAGAACUGAAAAUAGCUAAAAAUACUGCUAUCAUAGCUAAAAAAUCGUGA